AUGGCAUUCAUCUUGACUUUAUCAAAUGGCUUUGGAAAUGCACAACUCCAUCACAAAUAUAAAGUGCAAAUAGAUUUAUCCAAACAUGCAGCAUGUAGACAAGAAAGAGUGAAGACAAAGACAAUUACUUUUACUUGCAUCAACUCAGAACAAAAGGCAGAGACAUGUUUGCAUAGACAGGGCCAAAAUGGAAGACCACUACCCCAAGAGAUUAAGGGCAAUGUUCCAGGAUCAUGGGAAUCAAUAGAAGGUCUCAUUCAUUGUUCUGCAAAUUCAGUUCCUUUAUCUCCAAUCAACUUCUUGGAGAGAGCAGCAAAAGUUUGCAGAGACAGAACAUCUCUUGUCUAUGGUUCCUUGACCUAUAACUGGGGACAAACUCAUCAACGUUGUCUCAAACUAGCUUCUUCACUUACUCAACUAGGAAUUUCUCGUGGCGACGUGGUUGCGACACUUGCACCUAAUAUCCCUGCAAUGUACGAGCUACAUUUCGCAGUACCAAUGUCUGGAUCUAUUCUUUGUACUCUCAACUCGCGCCUCGACGCAAACAUGGUUUCGGUCCUAUUGGAGCAUUCACAAGCAAAGAUUCUUUUUGUUGACUGUCAACUAGUCGAAAUUGCUAGUGGCGCAUUGGACCACUUGGCCAAAAAUUCAAAAAAUAAACCAAUUUUAGUCAUGAUCAUGGAUUCUAAUGUCACAUCUACUAUUGACAGUAGUUUUAUUAGUUACGAAUAUGAAAAACUCGUAGCUAAUGGACGUGAUGAUUUCGAUAUUGUGAGACCAGAGAAUGAAUUAGAUCCUAUAAGUAUAAAUUACACCUCUGGCACAACUUCUAGGCCUAAAGGAGUUGUGUUAAGCCACAGAGGUGCUUAUCUAAACUCUCUCGCGACGGUUUUGUUCUUACAAAUGAAGCUUUUUCCUGUUUAUCUUUGGAAUGUUCCAUUAUUUCAUGCCAAUGGUUGGUGUCUAGCAUGGGGAGUGGCCGCGCAAUUCGGAACCAAUGUUUGCCUAAGGAAAGUCUCUCCGAAAAACAUAUUUGACAAUAUAGUUCAACAUAGAGUAACAUACAUGGGAGGAGCUCCUACUGUCAUGAACAUGAUUGCGAAUUAUACAUUGACGACGAAUACAAAGGUUCUCAAUCAUAAGAUAGAAGUGUUAACAGGAGGUUCCCCUCCACCGCCGCAGAUUCUUUCGAUGAUGGAAGAAAAUGGUUUCAAUAUUACUCAUAUGUAUGGCUUAACAGAAACAUUAGGUGCAGGGAGUUUUUGCGCGUGGAGGCCCGAGUGGGACAUGUUGCCUCCGGAAGAAAGAUCGAAGAUGAAAGCCAGACAAGGUGUGCCACAUGUAGGAAUGGAGGAAGUUGAUGUCAAAGAUCCUGAAACUAUGGAAAGUGUUCCGGCCGAUGGAAAAACUAUCGGCGAGGUGAUGUUUAGAGGGAAUACGAUGAUGAGUGGUUACUUUAAAGAUUUGAAAGCAACAAAAGAAGCAUUCAAAGAUGGUUGGUUUCAUAGUGGAGAUUUAGCUGUGAAACACUCUGAUGGAUACAUCGAAAUCAAGGACCGAUUGAAGGACAUUAUAGUAUCUGGUGGAGAAAACAUCAGUUCGAUCGAGGUUGAAACUGUUUUGUAUAGCCAUCCGGCUGUUCUUGAAGCUGCGGUUGUUGCAAGACCAGAUGAUCUAUGGGGCCAAACUCCUUGUGCAUAUGUGAAAUUGAGAGACCGGUUUGAUGCAGAUGUUGAAGAAAUAAUAGAGUUUUGCAGGGAUCGUUUGCCGCAUUUCAUGGCUCCGAAAACAGUUAUUUUUCUAGAUAUGCCUAAAACUUCAACAGGUAAGAUACAAAAGUUUGUUUUGAGGGAGAAAGCCAAGGCCUUGGGAAGCAUCUCUGGACCCCUAGAUGGUAAAAAUAAGUUUGUAAGUGCUCAAUUCAGUAUGAAGACUAAAUAG